AUGGCUGCAAAAGUUCUUCAAAGUGGAUUUUACUGGCCCUCCAUAUUCAAGGAUGCUAGGGAGUUUGUGAGCCAAUGUGAUGAAUGCUUAUCAAAGAGAAAUGAGAUACCUCAGAAGUUUGUCCUGGAGGUGGAAUUGUUUGAUAUUUGGGGAAUAGAUUCCAUGGGACCCUUCCCUCCAUCAUACUCAUUCAAGUACAUACUAGUGGCAGUAGAGUAUGUCUCAAAAUGGGUGGAAGCUUUAGCCACUACCACAAGUGAUGCUAAGAUUGUCCUCCAGUUCCUUAGGAAGCAUAUCUUCACUAGAUUCAGAGUACCCAAAGGCCUCUGA